AUGGAGCAACACUAUCAUCGUCCUAGACCUUCCGGAUUGGCUGGUGCCGUUCUUGAUAAACAAGCAAGCAAAUUUAAUGAGAAUGAAGCCCGUUUCUUACUUGAAUGGAUUAAGGGAUUAACUAAUGAAAGUAUUGACACAAACGGAAGCCGUGAUAACUUCCGUGAACAGUUGAAAGAUGGUCAACUUCUUUGCAAGAUGGUAAACGCCGUGCAACCUGGUACAAUCAAGAAGAUCAUGAAACCAAUGUCUAACUUCAAUUGCUUGGAGAACAUCAACCAGUUUUCUGCAGCUGCUCGCAAGUUUGGAGUUAUCGAUGAAGAAACAUUCCAAUCGGUUGAUUUAUUUGAUGGUCGAGACCUUUUCUCCGUUUCCGUUACUCUUCAAUCAUUGGCUAGAAAGUGGGAAAAAUCACACAACGUUGCUCCCCCACAGCAAAUUCCAAAAGACAAGAUAAUGAACAUGUAA